UUUUCAUUUCCGGGUUCAAUACACUAAUUUAACGCAGGUCGUCGAAGCAGUGUUUGAAAGCUGAACUAUAGCUAGCAGCUAACAUUUCAAUACUUGGUUGAAGAACUGUUUCUUGUUGCCAACUGCCAACAUGAAACUCGUACGAUUUUUGAUGAAGCUUAGCCAUGAAACGGUUACGAUUGAACUGAAGAAUGGCACACAAGUUCACGGCACUAUCACAGGUGUGGAUGUCUGCAUGAACACGCAUCUUAAAGCCGUGAAAAUGACCCUGAAGAACAGAGAGCCUACACAGCUGGAGUCCCUCAGUAUCCGUGGCAACAACAUUCGCUACUUCAUCCUUCCCGACAGCCUUCCCUUAGACACACUGCUGGUGGACAUUGAACCCAAAGUCAAGUCUAAGAAGAGAGAAGCAGUGGCUGGCAGAGGUCGUGGGAGGGGCAGGGGCAGAGGUCGUGGAAGAGGACGAGGAAGAGGGGGCCCACGACGAUAACUUCCCCCUCCAUUGCACAUCGACUUCCUGCUGUUUGUACAGUUUUUGUAUUUCUUUGAAAUUAUCUCUGGCAAGUGGGUUUUUUUUCUCCCCCCUCAUUUUCUACAUAAAACUUUCCUGACAAAAUA